CUGAUAAUGGCCAGGCAGUAAUAAGCAGUCAUCUGUGGUACUCUUGCCUUUGUGUGCUUGUUACUUUCAGCGUGUAAUCUUGUGUUUUGUGUUAUCUACCCACCUGUUUUAUAUCUACGCAUCAUCAACUAUUCUAGAAAAAAUGUUAGCCAAAUCUUUGUGUGCCUUGCUGGCUGUCGGCUAUGCUGCCGCCGUGUCUUUUGAGGGAGUGGACCCCAACUCGCUGCAUUGCGACCCGGAGGGCCAAGUUUUCCUCCUCCUGCCGCAUUUCACAGACUGCAACAAAUUCUACAUGUGCGACCACGGCAAGGAGGUCGAAAGGUCCUGCCCCCCUACAUUGAUCUUCGAUUUCGUUAACCAGGUCUGCAACUGGGACUGGGCCGCCCCGUGCCUGCUCCGCGACCAGGAGAUCGAGGGCUCCGGCGACGACGGUGACAGCGGCAGCGGGAGUGGCAGCGGCAGCGGCGGCUGGGCCGUCGAGCCGGAGGAGGCUGAGGAUGAUGGUGAUGAUGUGCCGAAUGCUGCUGUAUUCGCUACCCAGUUCAACACCAUCCUAAACUGCAAUAGAGCCGAGACCUCCUCUAGGCAGAUGCCUUACAGAGGGGACUGCCAGCGCUACUGGCGGUGCAACGGCCGCAACCUAGAAGCCGUCUACUGCUCAGACGGUCUGUUCUUCAACGCCGAGUCGCGCCAGUGUGAUUUCGAAGCCAAUGUCAAGUGCGACGUGCAAAUAACAGACGAGUUGGCUGGAGAAUUCAUUGUUUACAAGUAAAUUGUUGGUUGGAGACGGUGUCUGGUUUUGGAGACUGUAGAAUACGUUGCCACUGUAUUUAGAAACUUACUUCUUUGUGUUAAGGCAUUACAUCAUUUAAUUUGAGCCUGUUAAAGGCUUGCUUACAGCGAAAGUCAGAAUGCCGUCAAUUUAAUUUGUAUAAAUACAUUUUCAUAGUAUUGGUAAUCAAUAACAUCAGUUUUAUGUAACUUGAGGACAUAGCGAAUCAAAAUCGAAUCAUUGUUUAAGUUGAGUUCUCAAAAUAUUUUUUAUUUAAAAAGCAUUGCUGGACAAUGCUUCAACUACGUCAAGAAACAGAUGACCGUCUCAAAUGUCCAUUGUUGAAUUACAAUCGACAAUUUAGGAGCAAUCUCUAACUACACACUUUAGAAUUUGUAUGGCUACCUU